CCCGUCAGGUUUAUAAGUGCUCCCUAUAUGGUUGGAAGACAGACGAUCCGCAUGGAUAGUGGAAAUGGCCCAGUGACAGUUAUGGAUGAGAGUCCCACAUCUAGCCCCAGAUCCAGCCCCAGUCCUGACAUGCUGACCCCCGACAGUCGGCGUCCGGAGGCCCUGCAGCACUCCAGGGUGGUCCAGGCCGGCGGGCUCGGUGGCAGAGGGCGACCGGCAGCAGCCAACGCAGCACGGGAGAGGAGUCGAGUGCAGACCCUGAGAAGCGCAUUCCUGGAGCUACAGAGGACUCUUCCGUCGGUGCCACCGGACACAAAACUGUCCAAGCUCGACGUGUUGAUUUUGGCCACCACGUAUAUUGCCCAUCUGACUCGGACCUUGCAAGAGGAGGGGAUGGAGGAGGGAGAGAGCAAUAGACAAACAGAGGCCUUACACUCGCUGAAAGGUGAAGGUUACCUGCACCCUGUGAAAAAGUGGCCAAUGCGAUCCAGGUUAUACGUCGGCGCCAGCGGUCAGUUUCUGAACAAUUCAAAACAGACAGAAAAUCAAGGCGCAUCGUCGUCGACCUCGCAGACAUAAAUCUAUCCACUGCAUAAGGGACUUCUAAUUCAGACGACCAUUAAUUAGUAAGACUCUUUCAGCUAAAUCCACCAAUGAGGACUUAUGAAAUGGACAGCAGAUUCGUCGUCUGACAGUGCUUAUUAUUUUUAUUUAUCAAACAACUGAAGUCUCUGCUUUCGACUUCAGUUAUUUUCAUGUAAAGGAGACAGUCACGACUCUUUCAAUAGUAGGAACACAUUGUAAAUUAAUAUAUUAUGUGAUUAUGUAUAUAAAAUCUGA